AUGUGGGAAGAAUCACAUCAGCUUCAGAAACUUCCGAAUAUCAAAAUAUUAUCUGCCCCUGGCUCCUGCCAACUCAAGAUGUACCUAUGGUUUCAAAUCAGCAAAGAAUGUGUCCUGUCGACGAUACCCUAUUUGGAAAUCGGUCUAAGCUCCCUGGUCCGGAUCGAGAACGGUGGCGUGCGGAUCGAAAAGAAUCCCAAGCUGUGCUUCGCCGAAACCAUCAACUGGCACGACAUUCUCUCCGACAAAGGCGAUGUUUUCAUAAGGGACAACCAAAAGGAGAACGGUUGCCCGACGUGCCCAAAUGAAACGGCCAUCAGACUCCCGAAUGGAACCAGCCGGCUGCAGAAGUGCCCCACCUAUAAGAACAAACCCCUGUGCUGGAGCGUGGACCACUGCCAGAACGCCUGUCCGGAUAGCUGUCCCAAUUCGUGCGAUCCGGUCAGUGGAACGUGUUGCGACGAAAGUUGCCUAGCUUGUGGCGGAACGAUUCCGCUCAACUCGACCUGUUCGGUGUGUCAGAAAUACAGCAUAAAUCCGGCCGGCAAUCGGAAGUGUGUGGUGACGUGUCCGAGCAAUAUGUACACCCACCAUUUUCGGUGCAUCACCGCGGAUGAAUGUUACGCGCUGAAGAGACCGAUCUCGCUGGAUGCCAACGAACAGUUGCCUCCGUUUCCGUUUAUUCCGCACAAUGGGAUCUGUUCGAUGGAUUGUCCCCCGGAUCACGAUAAGACUUUAGUCAAUGGACGGGUUCAGUGUAGUAGCUGUGGGGUAGGGUCUUGUCCAAAAAAGUGCAGUGGUGGAAAUAUCGAUAGCCGGAUGAGCAUCCAGGCGCUGAAGGGUUGCGAGAUCAUCGACGGAUCGCUGGAGAUUCAGCUGCGUAGUAGGGAAGGCGAGCUGAUCGUCAAGGAGCUGGAACAUCUCAGCAGCAUCCGGGUGAUUACUGGCUACCUCAAGGUGGUUCGGUCCUAUCCGUUGCUUUCGCUUGGUUUCCUAAAAAAUCUCGAAACCAUUCAAGGCAAUAAAAAUGUUUCGAAUUUCACCGUUUACGUCUACGAGAAUCAAAAUCUUCAGGAGUUGUUUGGAAGGAACGUAUCGGUGGAAAAUGGGAGAAUGUUUUUCCACAAUAAUCCAGUGCUAUGCACAUCGAAGAUCAAGGUACUGAUUGAUUAUAACCCGUUGAUCCAAAUUGAAAACAAAGAAAAUCUGGGACUGAACAAUGGCGAUCGAGCUGCCUGUAAUGUUUCCCCCAUUGAAACCAGUCUGAAGUCUGUGAGUUCGGAAACGGCAAUCGUCCAGUGGGCUCCGUUCAAAAUGGAAGAUUCGCGACAGCUGCUAGGCUACGUGAUCUACUACAUCAAAGCCCCAUUCAAAAAUGUAACGUUCUUCGACGGAAGGGAUGCCUGUAAUAGCCAAGGCUGGGAACUGGACGAUGUGAGCGAUUUUAAUCCGGACAACAAUACGUCGAAAAUUUUGACUCAACUCAAACCGUUCACCCAGUAUGCGUACUACAUCAAGACGUACACGCUGCAAACGCUGGACGGUCGUGGAGGUCAAAGUAAGAUCAGCUACUUCACAACGGCCCCCGGAAUGCCAACCGGAGUCAGGGAUGUCCGAGCUACGGUCAUCAAUGGUACCUUGACAAUUUCCUGGAAGGAACCUGCGGAUCUUAAAGGAAUCCUAAAGGACUACGAGAUUUACGCCGAAAUCAACGAAGACGAUAAGGAUCUGCUGAAGCAGAGGAAUUUUUGCGAACAAGAAAUCGAUCGAGGCCGCUCGGAUCCGCUCGGCCCCUCGCAACCGACAACGCCGAUCGCUCCGAAGCUACCGUCAUCGUCCUCGUCUUCGGAUCAGUGCGAUGCGGAACAAUGCAGCCAGUUCUGUCCGGAGAAGGCCCGCGGGGAGUCGUUCGACGUCAACGAGGCCGAGCAUCAGAUCAACUUUGAGGAUCAGUUGCAUAACUACGUCUACAUCAAAAAUCCAUCCUGGGAUAAGGGAAGCACCAGGAAGAAGCGUGAAAUGCCACCGGUAAAUGGAAAUGGGAAUAUUUUCCCGAACUUGGUACCCGGCGCACCGGGAUCGGACCCGUCGCAGGAUCGUCGCCCGAAGAUGGAUCCCGGGAGCCAGUUCUAUCUGAAUCUCUACAACACAACGUACCACACGAACAUUACGUUUCCGCUGAGCUACUUCAAGCACUACUCGCUGUACAUUUUCAAAAUCCGUGCUUGUCGGCAGCCGGCCGAAAUUCCGAGCGCCUCGGUGAAAGUGGUUGACUUUGAGCCGAACUGUUCCAACGAUUUCAUCCUCAAUCAUAUGACCCCGAAAAAAGAGGGCGCCGAUGUGAUUCCACCGGAUUCGAUCCAUGUGAAAGAAUCGUCAAAUCACACCAAUAGGGGAAUAAGGGUAGAAUGGAGGAGACCGUUGAUUUCGAACGGACAGAUUGUGACCUAUUCGGUCCGAUACCAGCGGCGUGAUCAAGAGAACGUUCUGCCAACUACGCGAUGCAUCACAGAUCUACGAUUCAAUCAACUGGGCUUCAUGCAACUUUCGAAUUUAGAACCGGGUAAUUACAGCGUUACGAUAAUGGCUACAACGGUUGCCGGCGAUGGUCCCUGGUCCGCGCCUCGUUUCGUGUCCAUAACAGUGGAAGACUAUACCGGGCUGUAUAUUGGGCUUGUAUUUGCCGUAUUUGCUCUUCUGUUCAUCGUGCUUGUUAUCAUCGGCUACUGGUACAAAUAUCAGAACAAAGGCAUCAUUAUUAAUCCGGACGUCAAUCCGGACUACGCUGGGGUGGUUUAUCGCAUCGAUGAAUGGGAAAUCGAACGGGAACACAUCAUUAAACUGGAGGAGCUGGGUCAAGGAUCGUUCGGUAUGGUUUACAAAGGUAUACUAACCGAGAUCAAUACGAAACGAACCAUUCCGUGCGCCAUCAAAACGGUAAACGAGAAUGCCACGAUCAAGGAGCGGGAUGCUUUCCUGACCGAGGCAUCCGUCAUGAAGCAGUUCAACACACAUCACGUGGUCCGUCUGCUGGGUGUGGUAUCCCAGGGCGAACCUACUAUGGUAGUUAUGGAGCUCAUGACCAAUGGAGAUCUCAAGAGCUACCUUCGGCGGCACCGGCCGGACUACGAAAACGGUAAUGAUCCCUCACCGCAACCACCUACGUUGCGGCAGAUCUACCAGAUGGCAAUCGAGAUUGCCGACGGCAUGGCGUAUCUGUCGGCAAAGAAAUUCGUUCAUCGAGAUUUGGCCGCCCGAAACUGUAUGGUGGCCGAGGAUAUGACGGUUAAGAUUGGCGAUUUCGGCAUGACCAGAGAUAUCUACGAAACCGAUUACUACCGAAAGGGAACCAAAGGUUUCCUCCCGGUUCGAUGGAUGGCACCGGAGAGCUUGAAGGACGGUGUGUUCAGCAGCAGCAGCGAUGUGUUCAGCUACGGGGUGGUGCUCUGGGAGAUGGCCACCCUGGCGUCGCAGCCCUACCAGGGUCUCACCAACGACCAGGUGCUGCGGUACGUCAUCGAUGGCGGUGUCAUGGAACGACCGGAGAACUGUCCGGACAAGCUGUACGAUAUGAUGAGGCGCUGCUGGCAGCACCGACCUACCGCACGGCCCACCUUCCUAGACAUCAUCAACAUGCUACUGCCGGACGCCAACGAUCGCUUCCUCGAGGUGGCCUAUUUCUGCUCGCAGGAAGCCCUCGAUAUGGCACCGCAGCAUCAUCAAAUAAUCAUGGACGACGUUACCACACCGUUGCAUCCAAGCGGGAGCGGCCACGACGACGACGACGAAGAUGAGGAGGACGUCGACAAGGACGAUGAGGAGAUGCGCGUCGGCGAUGUCGGGACAGACGAUGAGUUCUCGAUGGAGAUGACCAAUAGCCAUCUGGUGCCGAACAACGGUCCGAUGGCCACGAUCCGCUCGCCGCACUCGCCACUAAGUGAACAACUUGGUAACCGAUUGAUCUGUGAUUCAUUAGCCAUAUCAUAUCAUAGUAGAGAUAUUGAUGAUACCAUAGCCGAAGAGGAGGAACCGGAGGAAGGUGAUGGAGAUGGAGGGGAUAGAGAUGAGGAUGAGGAGGAGGAGGACGCCGGAGCUUACUGUAGCGCCAGCAGCGCCGGCAGCAACAGCGGCCAUCCGGCGGGACACGUCGUACUAGUAAUGGUAGAACAGGAGAAAAAUGAGUCCGGUCUUGGUCAAGGUCAAGCCGCCUUCAGAGGAAGCGACGACCAGCGGGAACGGUCGUUGUCGAAGGCGGGAACCGACCUGGGAGACCGCAGCACUUAUCGAGGAAACAGCCGGAAUAGAGAAUUGAUGAAUGAUGGAAGCAACAGUAUCAACAGCAGCAGUAGAAGCCGAACCAAAAGCCGAAGUGUGAGUCCCGGAUACGCCGGAAGUAGUUACGGUGGCCCAGCCCGGAGCACCAGCAGCAGCAGUAGUAGUAGAAUGAGCGGUUGUCAGCAGCGGAGGCCCCACAGCGGGAGUCCUCCCACGACCCACGACUACGUGAACAGUGCGCCGGAAGGCUCGAGUGCUUUCGGAUCGAUACCGGCACUUCCACCGCCACCGCAGAAACAGUUCUUCAACAGACAGCAGCAACAGCCACCACUGAUCGACAUCGACUCGGAUCCCUACGGGAAGGAGUUUGACGCGAUCGGUACGGAUAGCAGUAGAAUUUCGGCCGUCGUAACAACAGUAACACCUGGUAGCAGUAGUAGAAUAAAUGGCCGUGUAGUUCCCACGUCCCAACAGCAACAGCAGCGCGAGCAAAGGUCCAACCAAGGAGCCAACAAGGAAUCCGGCACGGCGCUUCCACCACGGCUGCGCAACGGAUUCGUGGACCAUGCCGCUGCUUGGCCCCAGACCCUGGGCCCGACCGGUGAAAUUUUGAGGGAAUACACGUAAGUUUGAAACAAACAGCAAAAACAUACGAGUUUAAAAUUUGAUUAAAAAAUCCAUAGUUCCAAGUGUUCGCCCGUAGAUGGUGCUAGGCGAACACGUCACUUAGUGUAAUUUAUCAGUUCCACGCAUUUACCAAAACAAAACAAACAAAAAAUGAAGAAAACAAUACAAAAUGGUGGGUGCGAAUUCAAAUCGCAUACAUAAAUGCCUUCUCUCUAGAGAAGCAAUCUCGCAAUGUUGGGCCAUAUAAAAGCAAAAGAAGCGCGUGGAAGUAAAAGAAAGAAACAAGUAUUCAAGUAGAAAUUUUAAUCGGUUAGUUUUUUAAGUCUCCAUCUAGUAAAGUAAAAAAAAAAAACUCACAAACACACAUGCAAACACAUCAACUCACUAGAGAAAAAAGAUCAUCAGCAUAUUCACGAAUAACCCCAACCGAAAGUUCCACUCUCUCACAAAUACACACAUAGAAAAAAAAAACACUUAAGGCGAUGUAAACUCAAGAAAAAAACGUAAGAAAAGAAAACACAAACGCAAAAGCAAAGCAACAAAACAAAACAAAAACCCAAAGAGGCUAAUUCAAACCAUGGAUAAAAGAAACGUUUUAGGCUUUUCCUCCUUUUUCUCUUCACUCCGAGUCAACAACCUUUCUUCCCUCUCCCCCCUCUCACACACACACUCACCUCUCUCGUUUAUAAACAAACUUUUGACAUUCGAAAGAUUUCCAGUUUAUUAUGCUUUAGCAAAAAAAAAACAAGCAAACAAACACAAUAUGAAUUUACCAUUAGUUUUGUUAGGUCAUUGAUUAUUUAUAAACAAAAGAAGAAAACUAAAUCCUACCGAAUUAUAUAAUAGAACAAUACGGAUCCAAGUUAGCAACCAAGCAACAAACAAACAAUUCUGAUAAUUUGUUAUAACAUUAACAGUAAAAGAAAAACAGACGGAAGCGAAGAAGAAAACAAACAAAAAAAAACAGAAUGAAAUCAACAGACUGACUGACAGCUAAGCAAUAUCUACUCUCCCCCCAGUUCACUCAAUACAGAGAAAACUUAAAGUAGCAAAAAAAAAACAAACAAACAAAUAGACAAAAACUCAUUUAAAAUCCACAAACACACACACAAAUGCGAUUCAUAUAUUAGAUAUAUGUUAUUUUUAAAAACACACACCCACACACACACACACACACAAACAAACACACAUCUUGUUAGUUCCACAGGUUGUUUUAGACUAAUAUUAUUUUUGUUCUCCAUCCCACCAGAAGAAGAGUGGCACUGCGCGGAAGGCACACCACUGUUUUUUUUUUCAGUUUAGGUUAAAAAAAACUAUGAAUAUAUUAUGAAUAUACAACUACUUAUAUUAUUAAUAUACACACAUUACAGUUUAGGAAAAAAAAGAAGUAAUCAUCAAUGCACUGACCUAUGAUAACGAAAGAAAGAAACGAAACGUAACGAAUAAAAAGGAAUGAUUUAACAAACUAACACAGACAAAAAUUGAACAGAGUCGUCAUGAAAAAAAAAAUCACAAUUAUGGUCCUAAACCUACAUAGUUUUGGUUUUCAACCCGGAAGAUUCAACACAAUCGAUCAACUUUCUUUGUUUUAAUUUCUAUCUCGAAAGGUGUUUUAUUUUUAUUUUAAGCCCAAUUUUGAAAAUGAAUUUCAGAAUUGAACUCUUCAUUCAGAAACUCAAUUUGGAAUCUACUAAGAAUUCUAAUUUUCUGAGUCAGUUUAAAAAAACCGAAUUUUUAAUUCCAAUUUCAGAUUUUAAUUAGGUAUUCCGAACCUGAAUUUUGAAUCUGAAUUUCGUAUCUGAAUUCUAUGAAGAAUUCACUCGCCAUUAGGUUUUUUUUGUUCUGAAUCUGAAUUGUGAACAUAAAUUUGAAACAUGAAAUUGAUUUUUUUGGUCGACUUAUCCUAGAAUUUCUCUUGAGAUUUUUAAGCCCCCUGAUAGUCGUCAAGAAAUGUAUCGAUUUUUAACGGCGUAAGACUUUUGGAAAUGAUCAAUCGAAUGAAAAUCGUCUGACCUUUGAGGUCGUUUAGCCUUUGAAGGUCAUCUUUCAGAUCUCUGAAAGACGUCGAGCUUAUGGAGGUCUCCAGGCCACAGGAAUUCUGAAGGUUGUCAGGCUCCUGAAGUUCAUCAGGUCUCUGAAAAUCUUAAGAUGUCUAAAAUCAGAAAGCCUAAAAUCGUCAGACAUCUAAAAGUUAUCAAUCUUCAUUCCCUCAAGAUCGUCAGAGCUCAGAAAGUUGGUUAUGUCUCUGAGAUGUAUCAGGCGUCUAAAGAUCGUUAGAUUUCAACAGGUCGUCAGGCAUUACAGUUUUCAGGCUUCUUACUAUUUUCAAACCUUGACAAGCCUCUUGUUCGUCAAGGUUUUUGUAGAAAGUAGGGUUUUAAAAGGCGACAUGAUUUAGAAGAAAAACUGACCUCUUAAGGUUAUUUAUAAGCCCUCUGAAGGAUGUCAUGUCUCGGAAAAUCGUCUGUGACCCGAAGAUGUUCAGGUUCCUGUUGUGAAAAUUGAACCAACGCGUUGACAGUCUCCUCAUAAAAAAGUCACGAUCGAGGGCAUUGGGCGUGACUUUCCUGGUGAUUGUUGUUAGGCCCUGGAACAGCUUCCUUCGCCUUCUGCCGCCAGUUGAUCAACCAAAAGGCUUGAGACAUACAUAGUUAGUCGGGGUGAGGGCGAGACUGCAUAUGGUGCCGUUCGAUACAGGAUUUUAGUACAAAUCGAAAGAGUGAAGGUCAUCAAGUCUCUGAGAGACACUAACUAUUUGGAAAUCGUCAGGAGACUGAGAAAGAGUCAUCAGCCCUCUGAAGGUUAAGAUCAAAAUCCCGAUAGUCGCCGAGCCUAUUGAGUGCCAGCGUGCCAAUAAAAAAUCGCCAGGCCUCUGAAAACUAGUAGAACUCUGAACGACGUCAAGCCUCUGAGAAAGUUGUCAGGCGGAUAUAGAUCAUGAGAUCUCUGAAAGUCUUCAGUUUUUGCUAGACCCUCACCCAUUUGAAGCUUGGAAAUGCCUAAGGGUGCAGGUUAUCAAGUCUCUGAGAGUCACCAACCUUAUGAAGACUGUCAGGCGACUGAGUGAGAGUCAUCAGGCCUCUAAAGGUCAAGAUCAAAAUCCUGACAGUCGCCAAGCCUAUUCAGUCUUUUGAAGACUUCAUGCUUUUAAAGAUCGGUACCGAUAAAAAUCGCCAGCCCUCUGAACGCCAGUAGAACUCUGAAAGACGUCAGGCUUUUGGAUGUCUACAGGCCUCAGAAAGGCUUCAAGCCCCUCUGAAGAUUGUCAGGUUGUUUCUCAAGAAACUCACCCAUUUGAAGGCUUGAAAAGGCCUAGCCUUUGAAAGCAUUACGGCCUCUCAAAAUUGUCAGACCUCGGAAGAUCGUCAGCUCAUAGAGGUUCGUCAGACAUCUAGGUUUCUAAAUGUCGUUCGGUCUUCAAAGGUCUUGAAGUUCUGAAAAUCUGAAGAUGUCUUAAGGUGUCUAUCAUAAAUCAGAAAACCAAAAAUCGUCAGGCAUCGCCUUAAAAAAUCAUCCGGACUCCCAAGGUCGUCAGACCUUAGAAAGUUUGUUAGGUCUCUGAGAUUUUGGCCAGGCGUCUGAAGAUCUUUAGACUUCGAAAGGUCAUUACAGGUUCUUACUAUUGUCAAGCCUUGACAAGCCUCUUGUUCGUCAAAGCUUUUGUAGAAAGUAGGGUUUUUGAAAGUCGUCAGGUGUCUAAAAGGCGACAAGAUUUAGGAGAAAAACUGACCUCUUAAGGUUAUUUAUGAGCCCUCAUCUGUAACCCAAAGAUGUUCAAGUUCAUUUUGUGAAAAUUGAACCAACGCGUUGACAGUCUCCUCUUAACAAAAGUCACGGUCGAGGGAAUUGAACGUGACCUUCCUGGAGAUUGUUGUUAGUCCCUAGAACAGCUUCCUUCGCUUUGUGCCGUCAGUUGAUCAACCGAAUGGCUUGAGAUAUAGUUAGUUUGUGAAGGUGAGACCGCAGAUGGUGCCGAUCGAUACCGGAUUUUAGUACAAAUCGAAAAGGUGAAGGUCAUAAAGUCUCUGAGAAACACCAAGCUUCUGGAGAUCAUCAGGCAGCUGAGUGAGAGUGUAAGUUUUAAACCUAACACCCCACCGGCGUUACAGGGACUCCCUUUAUUAGGCCUCAGGCCGAUGACACAGUGAGAGCGAUGCGAUGCGAAUUUACGGACGCAGCCAAUGCGAACUCGAGCGGCGGAACAAAUUGACAUCGGCUUCGCCGCGUUGAGUAUGUCAGGUUUAAGCGAUUUACAUACAUUUUCAUCAAAUGUGGUUCACCGCAUUGAAUCGCAUUCGUCGCAUCGCAUCGCACUCACUAUGUCAUCGGCCUCAGGGCGGCUCGCUUAACCAAAAGAAAUCGCAGGGAGCUCAAACUAUGACCUCAGGAAAAAACCCAAAUAUGCAUUUUUCGAAUAUUUAUUUUAUGUAAAUGUCACAUCUAAUGCUCACUUCAACAAAAUGGUUACGGUACCUUCUAUGAGCCACACCUUGGUUGUCGGGUUUGAAGAUGAAGGAGCUUCGACGAGGGCGACGCUGCUGCUGCUGACCAACUGCUCUGUCGUCCAAUCACAAUCGGAAACCGGGAUGUUCUUUCCGGGAAUCUCGGCUACGAAGACGGCGGAACUGGUUGGAGAGCUUGAUUGUUCGAUCCGAAGGUUCGUAGUUUGGAACCGACCACAACCUUCAACCAAUGAUCACCCGGAUGGUAACGGCUAUCCGUGGCGAUUGUGACCAAACCAAGGCCAAUUCAGGACCAGGGUUCAGGAACUAGGUUCAAUUUCGUCCCGUCAAAGGAUUAAUUAUGGCCGAAGACUUAGGGGUCCUGUUGAGGAAUCAGACAUCAGUGUUCCGUAUUUCAGCGGGGACAAAAAAGCUCUUCUCAGUGUCGUGGUAUUAUUGGAAGUGAGCCAACACUAGAAAGCUGCCUUUGACCGGCCUUGAACCGCGAGUACAUGUCGUUGCUCUCCCAUUUUGGCAGACAUGAUCGUUUCGCCUUCGUCAACUCGUCGGGAGUCGCUAUCGAUCGGGUGGUUACCAAGCAGCACGGGUUACCGUGGAUGGCCCUUUGGUUGUGACGUGUUGAAGCUUCUUGGCUGCAUACUGGUGGCUUGUGGCGCUGUCGUCCAUAUUGAAGGCUGUAUUAUUUGGGGAAAACCAUCACCCAUCGUUUUCCCUUUCUGCGAUAUUUAAAAACUACAUUUAUUCGCGACUAACCACUACUACCUUGAUGAAAGUGUUUUCUAACACUUACAAGGGUCAUCAGGCUUUUAAAGGUCAAGAACAAAAUCCUGACCGUCGCCAAGCCUAUUCAAUUUUUUAAAGACUUCAGGCUUUCAAUAGGACUCUGCUAGGCCUGAGGCUUUUGGACGUCUCCAAGCCACAGAGAGGCUUCAAGUCCCUGAAGGGUGUCAGGCUGCUGGAGUCUUGAUGUUUCUCAAGACCCUCACCCAUUUGGGGGCUUGAAAAGGCCUAGCCUUUGAAAGCAUUCCGGCCUCUCAAAAUUGUCAGGCCUCGUUAGCUCAUAAAGAUUCGUCAGACAUCUAAACCUCGUUAGGAUUCAAAAUGUCGUUCGGUCUUCGAGGGUCUAAAAGCUUCUGAAGGUCGGCAUGCUUUCAAAGAUGCUCCUGAAGAAUGCAAGACUUUUGUCUCUGAAAGGCGUCAAGAUAAUGUUGCCUUUGAAGGUCGUCAGACCUCUAAAAAUCGUACGUGAGACCCUUGAACCAAAUGAUCAAAUCUUUGAUCCGUUACGGGUUUAAAUAAAAAUACUGACAACUUAUAUCGGUCAGCUUUGAAAGAAAAUUGUCAUUCAGCCCGCUUGAACCCUACAGUGCGCCCUUCUUCGUUUGAUCUCGGCACUGUCAUGGGGUUUAGCGAAUGGAUUUUGUGUAGUUUGACUAUCUCAGCAGACAAUCUGAGCUGUUGAUCACAAGUUCAAGCCCCUAAAUGAUUUGUGACGAGUAACUCGUCGCUAGUAGAAUGACGUCGUCUUCGCAAUCAACCAGCUUCACACCUUUUGAAAGGUUUAUUAUCAGAGUUUGGUCGUACGUAAUCAGAACACAGAAUCUGGCAGUACUCAAGUUAUGCCUUUGGAGUCUGGCUUUUUCUGCCGUUUAGAUCUUCGGAAAUCAAACGGCGAGGAGUGCUCUAGUGGUUGACCUGUUUUUGGACGCGGAACUAGCUUCUACCGUUUCCACACAUCUGGAAACAUUGCAAGGGAAUUCCAUGAUCGCGUCUUCCACUAAACCAAGAGGUUUUUUUUCGACCGGAGGGACUCUGCGACGUUGCAGAAGUCUUUUACUUAUUGGUAUCCACUUUUUCUAGCUCGUAACCUAGUUCAAGAAGCCAGUGGCCAGCUUGUUGUGAUGAGGCUUCCUCGUUAUCUGCCUCAGUUUGUUGGACGUCGUAAUCCCAUGAACGAUAUAGGAGAGUUACUUCAAAAGCAGGCCUGGUUGACUGUUCGGUUGGGUACGAACGGCGUCGCUAGAAAGACUAGGUUACCAAGGAUGUCUACAGCCAGGCUGAUGACCAUCUGGUGGUUGAGUUCCUUAGCUCGAUCGAUAGUUUUAUCUGAAUUUGAAGACAAAACUUAAGUAACAAAUGACCAUCAUUAUAUCGUGACCUUGUCGAUAUUUGAACUGUUGAAGAGGUAUGCGAUUUUUAGAGGUCUACCCUGAUAACCUGAUAAGCUUGAGUUUUUUUUCAGAUUUUUCAAAAGAUGUCUGAUUUUCCUAAAUUUGUGUAUAAAAAUGAAUGUACAGUAGAACCUUUAAAAAAAUACAAAAAUCUGUCAUCAAGGUUCAAAAAUACUUUUCUUGAUGUUAACAUGAUUUGAAAACACUUUUUAUUCAUUCAGGUGUGUAAAUAGACAUAUGAGGAAACAGCAAAUCGACUUCGUUCUCUACUACGCUUUCCAGGUGAGAUCAGAAUCGGGAGUAUACUUCCACAAUAUGACAUUGGAGCCCACACCUCAGAGAUGGAAGCCUUCAGAAAAUCGACACUUGGGUGAAAGGAUCCACCGGCCCUCGCUUGAGCAUACGCCCAUAUAAAAAAGUCGAGGGGUGGAAAUCCGGGCUGCUCGAAGGCCAAAGAACGUUCGGCCAAAACUUCAGAUUUUCCUCCAGAUAGGUUUGGGUACGUUCCCAGGGCAUGGGCUCCAUUUUGUUGGAAAACUGCAUUCUCGGGCUCAUCGAAAUUUUCCGAAAUCCACAGAAGCACCUAAUUCUUCAAAAUGUCCUACAUGGACUUCAUUAUUGACUAUUACUCUAGCUUUUUCGAAAACAGGAGGCAUCUCCGAUCCAUUCGAAGAAACUGCUCCAAAUACCAUGACCGUGAUGGGAUUCUUGGUAGUCCAACAUCCUCAGCCUCUAUGGGUGAAAUAUACCGAUCGGUACGUGUGUUGGACACCGGAUCUCCCGAAAAAAACUUUCUCGUUGAAAAAAAACGCCGAUCAGCUGCUACUUCUGCAAAGUAGACAGCAAUCGCUUCGAGCGCUCAAGCCGCGUUCCUUUAUUCGUUCUGUUAUUAAUUUUACCACUUUUACAGUGCUUGAAGACCAUGGCCUUCCAAUUCCCGACUUCCGUGGACGUGGUCCAUCAAGGAGAGAACCCUUCACGCGUUGUAAAGUCGCUAGAUGGUAAGCCACCGCAAUUUGCUUGGAAGAUUUUCGGGCGAGAAGCAAACUGGUCACUAAUCAACAAACAUAUUUGGCUGAAAAACCGCUGAAACAAUAUCCUGUUAUAAUUUUUAACCAGCUAUUUGGUUUAAAGAAGGCAACUAAAAUUCACGGAGAAGCUGAACAAACAUUUUGGCUGCUCAAGAAUGGUUAUUUGCUGAACAAAAGCUGAGCUAAAGCGUUAUUGCUGUGUCAGCUUACUGGCUGAAUAAAGACAAACUGAAAUAGUGCAGCCAAUGGGAGAAGUUGAAGAAUUGUUCAGCCUUUGUUCAACCAUUCGCUACAAAAAUUUGACAGACUAUAAGAACUGUGGUAAAGCUGCCAUGCAUGAUGGCGGCUAGAUUGAAAUAAGAGGGGAAUUUUUGUUUUCCUUAUUUGAUGCCAUUUUUUUAUAAUUUCCUAUUCAGCUUGAUUUUGAAAUGGAGAGUGGAUUGUCUUACGAAUUGGAUUUUUGGUGCGCAAAUUGAAAAAAAGGAUCAUUUCUCCUACACUUUACAUAGAGUAAAUCUUCGGUUGAGAGGCAUUUUGGUCGCUUUAGAACGACAAAUUUUCAUCGCAUCGCAGGCUUUAUGAUUGGGACUGCGUACUGCGGCAUGCGGCCAACAAGCCGGACGUUGAAAAUUCGGAGCCGUUGUAACAAUAAAAAAAACCUCUGAAGGAGAAAUAUGGGUGCUUAACAUCGAACAGACAUUGGUCAAUAUUUCGUUUUGUUUUUUUUUUUGUGUAUGACCCAUCAUUUGACGUUUAAUGACGUUUGUUGAAUAACUUCUUCAAUCCAAAAUGAUUAAAGGCUGAAGAAACGUGAAUUAGCUCAUUUUGAAGGCCUUCUUUUAGCAAGAUUGCUGAAUAAUAAUUGAGCCACGAUAUUCUUUCAGCAUUAAAUUGUUUUUUUUGGGAGCUGUUCAGCUCUUUAACACCUGAUUUGGAGAAAUUAAUCGGCAAAAAUUACAUGAAACGUCAAUUGACGGAGCAAAAAACCCAAAAGAAUGAUAACCGAUGUCUGUUCGAUGUUUGCCUUGCUAAUCAGCAGCUUUAUACAGCAUAUAGUUUAGAGAAUUGGCGUUUUAAAGCAGCCAAAAUGAUUGUUUGGUAUCUUUUUUGUGUAGUUCUUGCCGAUUUGCCUUUUUUUCAGUACAAUUGCAUUUUUUACGUCAAUUGACAGAUGAAGGUUAGAGGUAAUACACACACAGAAAACAAACAUAAAAAAUUGUAAAAAACAACCCAAAACAGACAGCUUAACAUUUUCGCAUUUUUUAUGGGUCAUACUGUACAGUGUGAAAAUGAAUGGAAAAUAGAGGACAAACGAAAAAAAAAGAUCACCACUUUCGGAAGUCUGAUAUGAGCCUGAUUUAUCCUGAUUUUUUGUUUUAAGAACUCCUGAAUUUGCUGUAAAAAUUUGUAUAUAUCUUAAAAACAAUUUUCAAAAAUACCAAUUUAUCAAAGCAGCUUUUUUUUAUUUCCAAUUUAGUUUUUUUUUUCAAUUUGAAGAAUAAUUUCAACGCAAAAAUGACGUAUAAGAAAAAUUUAAUUUUUGGCUAUAAAAAGUCUACAAUAAAACACCUUUCCGAUUUUAAUAUUAUGCUCCAAUCUGUACAAAUAUUUAUCUGAAAUCCUGCUCUUAAAUUAUGUCUUUUAAAAAUUAAGUUCUGUACCAUACUUUGAUUACCAUAGCGGCAAAAAAUGGAAAAAAAAUCAGAACCACACUAAGUACGCUGACUAGUGUUUGUUGUUUAUUUGCGGAGUAAGAUUUUGAUUUUCAGUUUUAUGUUUUAGAAAAAUUGAGUAUCAAAAAAAACCCUAGCUAAAGCCAAUCGCUAUGAGCGAUUUAAAAUCAUAAAAAAAAGUUUUUUUUUGCAUACUAAAAUUAAUAAUUGGAAAAAAACGCCUCGGAAGUAAUGAAACGGAAACAAUUUUGACAACAUUCAAAGAUCUAGACAAACAUUUUCCUUCCAAUGAACGCGAUCAAUAGAACAUCAAUCAAUUUAUUCGAUUGUUUUCCACCCAUUUUUUUCAAAAAUUCGUUCACUGUUAUCAAGCAUUUGAUCAAUAGGAAGAAAAUUGCCCACGAAAAAGCGCGUUUUGUUACGAAAGACCAAACAUACCAAAAAAAAACUCCGACAUAAUCAAGAAAGAUGAACACAACAACUAAUCGAAUGGGAUGAAAAAAUAAAAGAAAAUCAAACAGAAACAAGUUUAAAAAAGGUCGCAACAUUUGUGAAUACGUAGCGAAAAUGUUAUAAGUAAAAUUUGGAAUGAAAGCGCAAACUAUACAUGAGAAACGAAAAAAAAACAAUAACAAUAACAUUUAAACUAAAAUGGUAAAAGUUAGGCAAUCUUAGAACUGUAUGAUGAUCCUUUGUGUGUUAAUGUUGAAAAGUUUUUUUUUUGUUUUUAAACAAACUUGGUCAAAGUGAUCCAUGGUUUUUUUGUAUAACUAAGGUUGCUUAGAUUUUUUUUUUAAAUUUUCAAAACAAUAAAAAAACUUGCAUAUUAACACACGAAGAAAAAUCACAGCAACAACUAAACAACAAAUAGGAAGGUUUUUGUAGAUAACAGAAAAAAAGGUGUAAUUGUAAAUGAAGCACUAAAAAAACUUUUAUUGAAUAACAAAAAAAAAAAAAAUAAGCUUGAAGAAAAAGAAAAAAAACACAACACCAAAGUUGAAUCGUUAAAAUGUAGCUUCGUUUUUCUUAAAGAGAGGAUCAUCAUCCAUCAUCCAUCAGCAUGCAGUAAGUUUUCCGUUUUUUUUUGCGGAAAACCCACAAUUUAGAUAAAAAUUGGUUAUGUUAAGCCCUUUUGUUGCGGUUUCGAUUAACUUUUUUUUUAUUUUUCGUUGGCCAAUUUUGAAACUUGAUACGUAGAAAUUGUAUAAAAUCGUAAUAUAAAAACAAAAACCUUGUAGAUGAAAUCUAACCGAUUUUGGUUAGGGAUGUAGUAGCAAAAAAAAAAAGAAGGAACGAAAUUUUCGAUUGUUUUUUUUACCUAGGCGAAAGAUUUAUGUAUUUGGGAAAAAAGUUCCAGCAGCAGAAAGCUUUCUUGUAUGUAUAUGUACAUUGAAAUGAAGAUAGACUAUAGGAGAUAUGUUAUUCUCAAACAAAGACGCUUGGUCCCCCUGAUGAGAGGGGUUUGAGUAGAGAAUUAGCAGAAAGGCAAAGUAAAAAUUAAAUUUAACAAACAAAAAAAAAACAAUCAAUGAAAAAAAAAACAAACAAAAACACAUUGAAACUUUAACACAAAUUCGCUGAAAUACGCGCUCUGUACGAUUACGAAUUACUAACAAGUAGGAGAAAGAGAAAGGCAGAUUUAAGAUGGGAAAGAGUAAUAACUAAAUAUGUAACUAUUAUAGGAACGAUAUACGCUAUUUAUAUACACAGAAAAAACAAGUUUUCCAUAAAGAGAAAAAUCUAAGUAAAAUGACAAAUUAUCUUGUCGAAACUAAUAAAAUUAUAAGAAUAAUUUAA